CGAAAGAGCUGACUUUAGUUCACUCUGAUCUCUCAUGACAGAAAGUAGAUAGUGUUGACCUAUUAGCAGUAGUGUGCAAAAAUAUCUAACAUUGAAAAUGAGUUGGUUGAUGAUACUUAUCACCACACCGCUUAUUUUUGCGCAUUUCAUAGAGGCGGCUAAUAUUUUAGUGUUGGCCGCGGUCUCUUCCGGUAGCCAUACAAUUUAUGCAAACGCCAUCACCAGCGCGCUUGCUAGCAGAGGACAUAAGCUGGUUGUUUUGUCGCCGGACAAGGAAAAGGAAUCAAACCCGAAUAUAACUACGAUUUAUCUCGAGGGUGGAUAUGCAGAUGAGCCUCUCUUUGAAGCCACUUUGGAGGAUAUACAACCAUCGGAGAGUUUCGUGGGAAGUUUUUCCCUCCUGAAUGAUUACUCCUCGUCUCAAUGUCAAAUUCUUCUGAACUCCCCAGGAAACAAGAAAUUCCGUCGCGAUUACAAGGACCAUAAGUUCGAUCUUAUACUAGUUGACUAUGGUGUGGUGGAGUGUUUCAUAAAGUACGUUCAUGUGUUCGGACACCCGCCGACGGUGGGUUUCACCGCUUUCUUCGCCGUUUCAGCUUACCAAUUGGGCAAUCACCACAAUCCCGCCUACGUGCCCCAUUUCCAGAACACUGUUAGCAAUCGGAUGAGCUUCCCAGAGCGCUUCAUGAACUGGAUCAUCAGCGAGUACUAUCUAUUGUGGCGGAACUACAUACAUCUACCGUCUUUGAACAAAGUGUCGGAAGAGUUUUUCGGAUUCUCCAAGCCCAGCAUCGGGGACCUCGAGGGGGAAAUGAGCCUCAUGCUCACCAAUGAGCACUUCAGUUACUCUUACCCGAGACCGAAUGUCCCUGCAGUGGUUGAUGUGGCUGGACUGCAGAUCAAGCCGCCAAAACCCUUGCCCAAGGAUUUAGAAGAAUUUUUUAACGGUGCAAAACAUGGUGUCAUCUACUUCAGUUUAGGCUCCAAUUUUUUGAGCAAGCACAUGUCCAACGAAAGAAAGCAGCUGUUUCUGAAAGCGUUCAGCCAACUGCCGCAAAGAGUUCUUUGGAAGUUCGAAGGCGAGACGUUACAGAACGUACCGAAAAAUGUCAUUGUAAGAAAGUGGUGCCCGCAGACUGACAUUUUAGGUCAUAACAAUACGGUCUUGUUCAUAACGCAUAAUGGUUAUUUGAGCACACAAGAGUCAAUUUAUAACGGAGUCCCAAUGCUGGGUGUGCCCGUGGUUGCAGAUCAAUUCGCAAAUAAUGAAAAGUUGACCAAAGCUGGACUGGCUCUCGGAUUGGAACUCAAGCAGCUCAAAACGGCGGAUCAAAUAAAGGAGAAAAUAACGACGAUAUUGAACAAUCCAAGCUUCCGGGAAAAUGUGAGACGGUUGUCGGUGCUUUUCCGGGAUCGACCGAUGACCCCCCUGGACACGGCAAUCUACUGGAUCGAGUACGUGUUGCGGCACAAGGGAGCCGAUCAUCUGAGGGUGGCCAGUCUGGACUUGGCCUGGUACCAGUACUACCUUCUCGACAUCUAUUUCGUCAUCGCAGUCCCGUUGUUUGCGCUCUACUAUGUUCUGAAAAAAUUGCUCCGAAUGGUGUUUAGUGAAGGAACAAAGGAGAAAAAAGCAUAACCCUUCAUGGUGUGUCUGUCGCAGGCGAAUAGUCAAAUCAGGCAUUCUAUCGAAUGGAAACACUUAUGAAGCCAGCACAAGUUCGAUAUUUAAAAAAUAAUAAUGUAUACACGGAAAGAAAUUAAAUGUUGAUUUGCAUUUAUACUGUUAAAAAGAUGUCCGACAAGUUUCAAAUGCUGAUUUUACAUUUUAACAAAUGCUAACGUAACCACGCCCACUGCAAAACGUACAAAUUAAAAUGUUAUGUCAGCAUUUUUGUAUUACACACGGAUUAAACACGUUUCGAAGGAUCUGCCGUGAGGAUGAGACUGCCUCGCUAAGGAUGAUGGCUGAGCCCUCGAAACGCGUUCAAUUUUGAUCAAUAAAAAGUGUAAGUGAGUCCUGCACAUUAUUAUUUUAUACAUUUUAUCAAAUGUUAGGUAAAUAGUCAAAUUAUGGUCUACAAAAUUUGGUAAAUUUUUGACGAGGAGCUGACAAGUUUUCAAUAUUGGGGGGGGGGGCAUCAAAUCCACGAAUUUUCCUUUUUUCUUCCUUUUCAAAUUAUUCUCAUGUAUUCAAAUGUUAAAACUUGGAAAAUUUUGUAAUUUAUGACGUGCUGAAGAUUACAAGAUAAAUGUUCCUUCAAGGAGCCUAAAA